AUGUCCCCUGCCGGCGAGACUGAGUCUACCCCUCCACGCGCCAAUGCAUCAGCUCCAGGUGCUAGCAAAAUAGAAUCCACCCCAAACAGCCGUGGGGCCUCCGUCGUCAGCGAGAACAUCGGCGUGCUCGGUGUCAAGGUCGAGAAGGUCCGCCCAUGGAUUCAACGGGAUAUCGAGCAGAUCAAGGAGUGCAAGGCAGAUGCUAUGCUGCAAGCCCUCCUUCAGCGCGCUUCUUCUGCUCCCGAGACUAAACAGCCCGAGCUUCUGCAAAAGUGUCUCAAGGCCGUUUUGCCUGUUUGCAAUGGACAGGCUUCUACUGCUCUCGAGUCUUCUGACAUUCAGACAGCCCUCAGCGAAUACGUAUGUCCAGGAGUGGAGAACAACUUCUACAGCCCUUUCAUAAGAACCACUAACAUCUCCCUCGCUUGUCUUGAAGAGAUCAAGAUUGACGGGAUGCGUGCUCGUGUCCCUACCGUGGACAUGAUCAUGCACCAGAUGCACCAGACCAAGAAAUCAAUUCGGAAGCCCGACCUCGUGAUUCUUCCUUUGAAUAGUGCAUGCGCUCCCUUCCAGGAUGAGACGGGCGGCAAGAAGGGCAAACAGAUUAGCAAACAGAAGGGCACACAGAAGGACGACGGGAAGGACGACGAGAAGGAUGACGAGCAGCGCAAGAAGAAGCGCAAGGCUUAUAUGGACACGAAUGCAACAGCUAAGCCGAAAAAUCUCCCCUGGCAAGAUGUUCUAGCUUGCAUUGAGUUCAAGAGAAAGAUACCAGGGAGGACGAAAGGGAUCAAUGCACCCCCCUCUUCGUAUGCAUUGACAGACUAUGCCCCUACCAAACCAGAAUAUCUGCCGGUCGAUCAUAUUAGGACUGCAGCUGCAGCCCCAGCCCCUUCACAGACCCCAGCAACACAAACUGCAUCCGACACUGCAUCUCAAUCUUCUGGCCUUACUGCUGCCCAGCCUUCCCGGGGCGGGUCCAGCUCCAAACGCAAGGCCACAGACACUUUGGAAUCUGCUGCGAAAAAAUCCAAGGGGAACCACGACGACAAAGACGCGGAUCUAGAUGUGACCGUUCAGACAGGUCUGUACCCCGCUGAAAUGUUCGCAGCGAAUCUUGCAGUCAACUAUCUGCUGAAUAUCAUUGUCGUCGAUGAUGUCGCAUGGAUCUGGUAUGAUGACCGACAAGGGAUCAUUCAAUGCUCAGGUAUCAACUUCAUUCAAGAUCUCCCGCGAUUCAUGGUGCUGUUGUAUGCUUUACAACGCUUCGAGCUUCACGAUUGGGGCCGAAACAAGGACUUCCUCCCGGUCGAAGUCGAGGAGAGACUAUGUCACGAAUUCAAAAUCAAGGAUGAAAAACUUGGAGAGGUGGAUUUGCUGCUUCACACCAGUCACGACGAAAGAGUGGCGCACUACGGACUGCAAGGACGGGUGACCAAUAUGGUCCCUGUCACUAGCGAAGCGCUCACGAAGAAAUACGGCAAGUUCGAGGAUGGGAUGGUGGCCAAGAUCUUUUGGGGAGAGGCGAGUCGCACUAGCGAGCCGGAGAUCCUGAAAAAGGUUGAUGAGAUCGCUAAGAGGCACGUAACUGUCCAAGGCCACGUUCCUGAGCUGCUUUGGCACCACACGUUCACGAAUCCCACGUCCGCAAUUCGAGAAGCGCUUGACGUUCCGGAACCCACUAAGGGCAGUCGCGUGCUCUACAUUCUUGUGUUCCGCAAGCUCUUCCCCAUCACUCAGCUUCACGGCAAAGAGCUUUUUGACGUUUGGCGUCAGUGUAUUUCAUGCCACCUUACUCUGUGGAAGGAAGGGGUAUACCAUCGAGAUUACUGGAAAGACGGCAAGCGGAUAGGCGUUUUGAACGACUAUGAUUUAUCCUCGUUGGCGGAUGAACCAGGUCCUAGGGGCAACGAGCGCACGGGCACGGUGCCGUUCAUGGCCCUCGAUCUUCUCAUCAAAGAUGGUCAACAAGGCGAAGUCAAACACUUAUAUCGCCACGAUCUAGAAUCGUUUAUACAGGGAGUCCUUCUAUCACGGAGAUUGUGCCCUCUCGACGAGUGGGCGACUUUAGAUGCUAUUGCAUGUGGCGAGAAGAAGUUAGUCUUCCUCAACAAUCUGACCCCUUUUGCGCCCUCGGACAUAGACAAACUCACAUGGGGUGUCCUUGUGAACUGUAUGUUGGUGCUUAAAAGGGAUGCUGACAAUCGAUACUAUCUUCGCUUUACAUCGAGCUCAGGAGAAAGCCAGCAGCCCAAUGCCGAGGACUCGGAUCUCGAUGCUUUUCUGUCCAAAUUUACCAGUCUAGGUCAUUGGGUUGAGCUCAGCAAACCUGAGUAA